CGGCAGCGAUCAAGCCGCCUAAUGACUAUUGGCUCAACUCAAAGUGCAGAAUAGUGAAAGUAAAUCUCGACUAUCGAUCUGUCUCUCACAUCGAGGGGGUGGCUUCGCAGCACUUCAACCUCUGACUGCCAAAGGAGCAACACGCACAUCAUCUAGUCAUGGCCACCGGGAUCUCACGAGCAAAGGUCAGGAAGAUCCCCUGUGCCAUUCGGCCACCAUGCAUUGCAGAGUGCUGGAAUUCCAAAGCGCAAUUUGUAUACUGCGAAUUGACAGGCUUACAUAUGCAUCGUCCGCUUCGGAGGAACUAUGCGUUGCCACAACGCGAUGCCGUGAAAUUUCCAUCAGAAGUUCGGGGUCUGUAUGUUGAUAGUGACAAGAAGCAUGGCCUGAAAUUUUUAUUUAAACCUUCGCUGCUCAGCCGAAUGAUUGUUGCUCAAGGUCCCGGGUCAUUCGGUCCGCCCCGCAUUUUCCCACGUUUCUCCUCAUUUUGCGUACACAUGGUCGCGUCAACGUCAAGGCUCGGUGCUCAUAAUUGGCUUUUACUCGGCACUAGCUCGAUGAAUUGGCCAGAUGACCGUCUUCUAUCUCUAUCUUUGAACAACCGAUCUGGCGGGUCUAGACUUUGCACGGAGUCUCCACUGUCCCUGACACUCCUUUUAUGCGGAGUAACUUUUCACAUCAGUUUCCUCCGUGUUUAGCUGCAGCUUCGCAUUCUUCAUCGAUCUUGACGAAGUCACAUUUAUCCUCCGGUUUAUAGUGGUGCCUGCGUUGGAGAUGCAUCAGCCUCCAAUAAGGUAGAGCCCUUUACCCCGGUAUCUCUAUUACGCGCAGCAGGAUCUGUUACGACAGGUCACGUCCCCCACUAUCCAGGCGACUCUUGACCUAAUCGUAGCCUCGUGGUG